AUGGCUUCCUCGAACGGCUACAGCUCGACAGCACGAGUUGUACCCAAACCUGCCAAUCCGCAGGUCGACACGACACCCAACUUCGCGGACCCGAACUUCGACCCUGCCGACUUCCUGAAUGACUCCCUGUCGCCGUUGACUGUGGCAUCAUUACAGCCCAAUGCUUCUCGAGCCCCCGGCUCCGUACCCCUGACCGAGCUGUCCGCCCAGGUCCAGUCCUUGCUCUCGCAGAUCAGUGCACAGAACGUGCGCCUCUCGAGUACAUUGUCCCAGCUUAGCGAUGAGAUACUCCGAAGUGGUGGACGGCUAGCAUACGAAGUGGAGGUGUUACGAGGAGAGACAAUCGGGUUAUCGGAAACCCUGACAGAAGUGCUGCGCGACGACAUCGCCAAGUUCGUCCCGGACACAUCGAGCUCGAACGCUACUGCUACCGGUCGCAAGGCAGAGUCGGCACAAGAAGGGGCCGAGGACCCUACGCCUACCAAGGGAGAGGGCGGGGCCACAGAGGAACGAAAGCAAGAGGCCCCAACCGACCCAGAGUUCAUCACCAACCUGCGCACACUCAAUCAAGUCCGAUCACGAUUAGAAGAUGUUGUCCAAACCUUCGGCGACGCGAUGGAAUGGCCUCUUCCACCAUCCGAAGUCUCAUUCUCUUCCUCCUUCAUCUCGGUUUCCGGUCCCGAGAUGGGGCCUGAAGGGCAAGAUCAGGAGCAGAAGGGACAGGAAAGUAUGAAGAAGCUACGCAACGAGAUAUCAGAGCUGCUGGAGAGCGAGGGCGGUGGGCAAAGUGGGUUGGAAGCCGCUACACGUCGCCUGGAGACAUUGCGGACAUUGGCAGCGGUAUGGAAGGGAUCUGCCGAAGAGAAAGCGCGCACUCGGUUUGUGGAUGCCUUGGGCAGGGUCGUGGACGAGCGACGGCGAGUGCUGGAACAUCAACAGGCAAUGGCUGAGCAGAGCCAACGCGGGCCCAGAGCGCGGGAGCAACGGCGCGAUAGCGAUAGUGGCGCCCCCGCGGGCGGACUAUUCCGCAAUCUGCAGCGACUGCGCGAGGAGAUUUACCUGGAGUAG